CUCUCUCUCUCUCUCUCUCUAAAAAUCGCCGUUACAGCUCCGGUGGGAGUUCUCGAAGAUUCUCAACAAAAUUGACACCGCCCGGCCCUUCUACGAAUCUCUUUCCGGUGGAAGAAUCAAAUUGGAAGAACAGAAAGAUGGAAAUGAAGCAAUACUAUGCACAUGAAUGGAAGUCCAUCUCAGGUGCAGCAGCUGAUUCCGAUAAUUCUAAAGGCGGCUUUGACUGCAACAUCUGCUUAGACUUUGCAAAUGAGCCUGUGGUCACUCUCUGUGGCCAUCUGUACUGCUGGCCUUGCAUCUACAAAUGGCUUCGCGUCCAGAGCGCCUCCCUUGCUUCUGAUGAAUGCCCCCAGUGCCCUGUUUGCAAGACUGAGAUAUCACACACCACCAUGGUCCCACUCUAUGGCCGUGGUGGCCAAACAACGUCAGAACCUGAGCUUAAAGGAAAGGCACCCUCCCUGGGAAUAAUAGUACCUCCCAGACCAUCAGCAUGGGAUGCACAAGCUCUUGUAUCUAACUCACCUCGUGAUGUUCAGCAACUUCCAUAUCGUAACCCAUAUCAGAGCCAACAAUACAGCUCUCAUCCCUACAGCAGUUAUGAGGAACAUUCUUCCUCACCACUGCUUAGCCCUGGAGGCACAACGUUAUCUGGUAUCAACCACCCAAUGGCUGGUCUGUUUGGGGAGAUGGUUUACGCAAGGGUGUUUGGAAAUUCUGAGAGCUUAUACGCCUACCCAAAUUCGUACCACCUUACAGGCAGUAGUAGUCCAAGGAUGAGAAGGCACGAGAUGCAGGCAGAAAAGUCGCUAAAUAGAAUUUCUAUCUUCCUCUUCUGUUGCUUUCUUUUGUGCCUUAUCGUGUUCUGAAUAUAGUGUAGUAUAUAGGUUAUCCUCCCUCUCCCCCCAGCCAUUUUGUAUACUGUAUGAAAGGUAUGAACGUCCUCUUGAAUAUAAAUAGAUGAGAUGAGAUGUGCAUUAUAUGAGUAAUAUUAGAGCUUUUGUUGAGAACUUAUACAUUUCCAUUUCGAGCUUGGUUCUGUGACCUACUUAAGCUCUCCUGCUAUUGUUUAGCUUUGCUGGUUCAUCACAGAUUACGUGAUUCGAAAAUACGAUGAGGAUAUCAUCAAGAACCACAUGUUGAUGGUUAUUCUCAAUAUUGAGAGACAUUGAGAAUAGAUCCAAAAGAAUAUCACGAGGCUAAACAACACAAAAUCCUGAGAAGACGCUCAUUAGUCCACUGAUCUAGGACUCUAGAUGCAAGUUGUUCUUGUUCCCUGGCCACAGCAAACCUGGGUCCUAGUUAUCCAAGAUGCAGAAGUCCAUAGUGGUCCUGUGGCAAUCAAACUGGUUUUGGUUGCU